AAUAUUUAUUAUUUUAAAUUGUUAAUAAACACCUUUUGGCCACCAAAACUAAAUUAAUUCUAUGUAUUAUUAACGCUUAUCACCUACCAGUAAUUUCCUUUCUUUUUUCUAAAAAGUUACACUUUUUUGUUUCACUUAACUCUUUGACACAACACAAUGGCCGAAGUGACCUCUAUUAAAAAUUCUGUAAAUGGCUUGGCGGACUUCUUCAAGCAGCACAUGGCUGAAUUUCAAACUAGCCUCAGCAAAGCAGACCCAGCCAACCCUACGGUUGCAUCAGUGUCAUCAAGCUUCGCCGCCUUCAAGGAGUUCGUACUGAAGGCUCUUGAGACCCUCCAGAAGCAAGUGGAUGUAGUGACCCGCCAAGUGGAUCAAAUUGAGACGCGCUCCCGUCGCAGCAUGCUGCUGGUGCAUGGUAUCGCAGAGGCAGAGUCUGAGGAUACAACGGUCCUGGUGGUCAAUGCACUUCAGGCGACCCGGGAUGACUUAGCAGCAGCACACAUUAAGCGUAGCCGACGCCUGGGCGCGCGCAGCGGCCGCGACAAGAAACCACGCGUUGUUCUUGUUGAAUUUAAAGACACUGCAAUCCGAGACGACGUGUGGUUCAACAAGGUGGAACUGAAGGGCUCCGGGGUGACACUGGGUGAGUUUUUAACUAAGCCCCGUCACGCUGCGUUUAUGGAGGCCCGCGAGCGAUUCGGGGUCCGCAGCUGCUGGACGUGGAAUGGCGACGUGUUUGUCCUCGGGAAGGAUGGAGUGAAGCGCCGUGUGAACUGCAUGGCUGAAGUUAAAUCGCUCCCGUCUUCAACUACGCCGCCUACUGCUGCUGAGACUGCGCCUGCGGAGCCGUCUGUGGCUGCAUCCUCGAGCUCGAUCACCAAGCCAGCUCCCCAAGCAAAGCAAGAGCCCAAUAAAAGGUCCAAACGCGGAGUAUCGAAGACCUGAUCAUAAUGCCUAGGCCGAUUGUUUCGCGAUUGUAAAUAACUUUCUGUUUUUCUGUGCAACCUCUUAACUUAAGUCGUAUAAUAAGCCUUAAUUCUGUUCUUUCGUAUUUGGUCGCUUUACACUUUAUAUUCUACCUUCUUUCUAUUUAAUCUUUCGUUGACUUUGUCGUAUAGAUUCAUGUUUAGUUUAGCUGUCAUUAAUGACAUAUCCGUUCAGUGUUGCCUUAUUCAAAAUUUGCGUUUUGUUUUUGCUUUGACUUGUAAAACACCAUAAUUAAAUUGUAACUUUAUAUUUUUCUUCCAACAUGCUGGCAGGUAGCGUUGGUAACCUAGUGUAUUUGCGUUAAGGAUUUUUUUUUUCUUCUUAUUACUUGUUAUUUAUUGAUUUUUAAUAUACAUUACAUAUUUAUUUAUGUUCAACCAUAGCAGUGCCUCUGAUUGUAGUGACAAUUUCGUGUCUUGCUCAUCUGAUAAAAGUGUUUCUGAUGACAGUUUCCAGAGCUUGCCACCUUCUCUCCAUGACCAUCUUAACUCAGAGUUUAGUGACGUCAGUAAAAAUCUAAACAUUGUCCAUAUCAAUGCGCAAAGCAUUCCUGCGCACUACAACGACUUGAGCGCAACUUUUGAUUUAAAUAAUAUGCACGCAGUUCUAGUUUCCGAAUCCUGGCUUAAGCCUUGC